UUGCUUCUCUCAGGCACCGACUGAGCUCGUUCUCAUCAUGUGUGUCUACAAAUCGCACUUUGAGGACUCUUUUUUCCCUUUUUCACUCUGGACUUUAAUCCUGUGCUCGGCUUUCAUCGUCAGAACUCCUGUUCAAGGUGAGGUUCUGGUGAUUGGUUCAAAUCUUCCAAUCAUCGCUGCUCCGGGUGAUGAUGUCAUCCUGCCGUGCCACCUGGCGCCCAUGUUCGAUGUCCAGGGUCUGACGGUGGAGUGGUCCAAACCCGACCUGAAGCCCGACCCGUCGGACCGGCUGAGCAGAGUGGAGUACGUUCACCUGUACAGGGACAGGAAGGAGGUCCCCGACAUGAAGAUGGCCUCGUACUUCAGGAGGACGGAGCUGUUCAUGGACGACAUGAAACACGGGAACAUUUCACUGAAGAUCCUGAACGUGUCGGAGGAAGACAACGGCAGAUACAGAUGUUUCAUCCCCAAGCUGCAGAGCAGAGUGAAAGCUGCUGUUGUUGAACUUGUAGUCGAUCCAAAGUACGCUAAGACUUCUACAACAGAGAGUCCGGUGUAUCCUAGAAACUUCCAAACUCCAGAUCCUCGUGACGUGUCUCCAAGAAAUACAGGUCGGUCCAGGGUCUUUCUGAUUGUCGUAGUUACUGCCUUCGUGUCGGUUGUGGCUGUCACUGUGUAUUUCUCUCACCGUCAAACAAAAUAAGCAUCAAGGCGACGAAGUGACCCAAACCAACCAUAACAAUUCCAGGUGCUCAAAGGAGGGUUGGUGUUAAUGGACCUGAGAGCAUUGGAGAUUUACCUUUUCUGGCUCUGCUGGAUCCUGAUAGUCAGGUUGGAGGUUCAAACCAGCAGCCACAGGAAGGCACUUGGCCCAGCAGCACUGAGACCGAUCAUAAGGUCACUUCUAUAAACGGAGUCUGAUUUAAACUUCGACCUCAGGUGAAGACUCAAGUGUUG